AUGAGCUUGGUGGGGGAUGCGGUGGCCGAGAAGUUGGAUGAGCUGGUGGGCGUGGUGGUGGACGUGAAUAGGCUGAGCAAGAGCGUCUUGGCCGGCGUCGCGGGCGCCACCACCGUGUACCAGGUGGCGUUGUUCUUCGAGGCGGUGUCGGUGUUCUUGGUAUGGUGCUUAUUGUACAUAUCCUUGAGAGGUUGCCGGUUUUUGACAAUCGGAGCUAUCAAGAGAUUAGCUCCAACUUGCCAAGCCAGUCCUGCUGGUACCCUUUCUCAAAUAUCUAAAUAUGGAGCCAGUAUACAUUCUCCCCAAAACAGGCCUUUCUCGAAUUACGCUUUCCCAAACAGGGGCCUUGCUUGGAAUGCUAUUUGUUCCGGGAAAGAUUUCUACAAUAUUCACCUCAGAACUUAUUCAGCAAGGUUUAACACCAUGGCCCAUCUUGCCAAAAUUGCUUGGAAGAGGCUGUUACAAGCAUCUUUACAUGAUGGUAGUACAGCUCGUCUAGGUAUAAGCAGGAUUGCUCGGGCAGUUAGUUUGGGUUUUUCCCAUUCUUCCAUAACUGUUCCCGGUAUAUUUUCUCUCAUGUUCGGUACACGUUUAGCCUAUGCCCAAUCUUCUUCAAGUUCACCUGUUGUGAUGCAGCCGAGGAAUGCAUUGUAUGUGGGUGCUCAAGACAGCCAUCUUUUUUUCACCCGAUUGGUAUUCUCUAUAUUCCAAGGCAUUUUCUUGCUGAUCAGGGCUUUUCAACUGGCUUUGCUCUUCACCCCAAGCAUCAUCAUGGCCCCGUUUGCUGACAAUUUCGGGCCUCAUUUCAGGAAACUGUGGCUCCAAGUCGUCCACCAGACCCUUGAGCGGGCUGGGCCGGCAUUCAUAAAGUGGGGCCAGUGGGCCGCCACGCGGCCCGACCUUUUUCCCGGAGAUCUCUGCACCGAGUUAUCCAAGCUCCACAUGAAAGCCCCCGAACACAGUUUCUUCUACACGAAAAAGACGAUCGAGAAGGCCUUCGGCAGGAAGAUCACCGAGAUUUUUGACAACUUUGAGGAAAAGCCCGUAGCUUCCGGAAGCAUAGCCCAAGUGCACCGGGCCUCAUUACGGGCCCAGUACCGUGGCCGUGAAAGGAAACCGAUGCUUGUUGCUGUCAAGGUUAGGCAUCCGGGGGUUGGGGAGUCCAUAAAGAGGGAUUUUGAGAUAAUUAAUUUAGUUGCAAAGAUCUCAAGCUUUGUCCCUGCUCUGAAUUGGCUGAGGCUGGAUGAGAGCGUGAAGCAGUUUGCGGUUUUCAUGAUGUCCCAAGUGGAUCUUGCUCGUGAGGCCGCACACUUGAGCCGUUUCAUAUACAAUUUCCGGAGUUGGAGAGACGUGUCUUUCCCGAAGCCCGUUUAUCCUUUGGUGCAUCCGGCUGUUCUGGUAGAGACUUUUGAGCAUGGUGAGAGUGUUGCUAGGUAUGUGGACGACAUUGAGGGAAAUGAACGAAUUAAAAGAUCCCUUGCACACAUUGGGACCCACGCGCUACUGAAGAUGCUCCUGGUGGACAACUUUGUUCAUGCAGACAUGCACCCAGGGAAUAUCCUUGUCCGUGUGGCUCAGAGCAAGUCCUCUCGUAAAAAGCUCUUCAAAACCAAGCCUCACGUCAUCUUCAUUGACGUGGGCAUGACGGCUGAGCUCUCGAAAAACGAUCGCAUUAAUCUGCUCGAGUUUUUCAAAGCUGUUGCCCGUAGAGAUGGCCAAACUGCAGCCGAGUGCACACUCAGGUUAUCGAGGAAACAGAACUGCCCAGAGCCAGAGGCCUUCAUUCAGGAAGUGAAAAAGUCGUUUGAUUUUUGGGGCACGCCGGAAGGGGAUGUGGUGCAUCCUGCCGAUUGCAUGCAUCAACUGCUUGAGAAAGUUCGGAGGCAUAAAGUGAACAUAGAUGGCAAUGUUUGCACAGUGAUGGUUACUGUUUUAGUCCUUGAGGGCUGGCAGCGGAAGCUCGAUCCAGAUUAUGACGUGAUGCAUACACUACAAACACUGCUAUUGAAAGCCGACUGGGCAAAAUCACUUUCGUAUACAAUCGAAGGACUUAUGGCUCCAUGAGUUAGCUGAAUGUUUUUUCUUCUUUUCCUAGAACUACUCUUACUGUAUAGAGAAUUUUGAUGGAGUAAAAGCACUUGGGAAUUGUAGGUAACUUCGAAAUUUUAUGUCUUGUUGUUCUGCGAACAAUUUAUCAACCAAGUGCGUCCAUUCACAAUUUUGUAAGGAUGGUUUAUUUCUUGUAUUAUUUUUUAGACUGAUUUUCAUACCACUUUCUAGUUUUAUCACAUUCUUCCUUCUCUCCAUAUUCAG